AACAUGGCCUCCUAACUAGCUUUUAGUGUUUAUACUGCAGGUUUUGUCCUGGUGUCUUGCCAUUGAGAGUAGACAGCAAAUGGUAAGACACAAUUCUUCACUUCAUGUAGAUUUAGUUGAGUAGUCAGUCCAGAGGUGUUAACAUUUGCAGUGCAUUUACACAUCUUAAUAUAGCACCUCGCUCUAUUCAAAUUGUCAGUGGUGAAUGUGGUGCUUUUUAACAAGAAGCACUUCUGCGCAGUAGCGUCGUUUAAGCCACGCGGAAGUGUGGCUCUCUAUCUGUGGUAAAAGUUGUUGAAACACGACAAGCAAGCUGCUUUUUCAUAGAAUGAGUGUAGAAACAGGAAGCUUGUGUCUGACAGGGACCAUCUGCCUGCUGUUUCCCCUCCCUGUCUGUGAUGAUAACCUCUGUUUCGGCUGUCAGAUGCCUCUGUUGGAAGAAGAGAGGAUGAGAGUGCAGGGACCAGAGGAACAGCAAACAGGUGCUCCAGCUCAAACUCCAGCAAAGACGGACCCGUGAGGAACUGGUCAGCCAGGGGAUCAUGCCACCACUGAAAAGUCCAGCUGCCUUCCACGAACAGAGACGAAGUUUAGAGCGAGCGCGGACCGAAGACUACCUGAAGAGGAAGAUCCGUAGUCGACCGGAGAGGGCGGAGCUGGUGAGAAUGCACAUCCUGGAGGGUCACAUGCCCAGUGGUUGUGGGCUGGCUAACCGGCUGUGUGCUGUGUGUUCAGAGACGUCAGCCGAACCCUCCCUCCAGGCCAAGCAGCUGAAACUGAAGAGGGCCCGUCUGGCCGACGAUCUCAACGACAAGAUCUCCCACCGCCCCGGACCCAUGGAGCUCAUCCACAAGAACAUCCUGCCAGUGCACAGCAGCCUCAAACAGGCCAUCAUUGAGACAGACUUCCCCAAGAUGGCCGGGGAGAACUCCUCCUUUGAUGAGGACAGUAGUGAUGCUCUCUCUCCAGAUCUGCCCAUUGGUCAGGACUCCCCCGUGGGCCCUGGCCCUCUGCCCCCCUCUCCCAACGCCCAGGCCUGCAGCAGCAGCCCCUCCCCCACGCAGUUUCUCACUCAGGUUCCUCCGCCACCCCCUCCUCUUCCUCCCGUCUGCGGGCCCUUCCCACCACUAAUGUUGACCAAUGGGACAACAGCUCCAACUGCUCUAAGGCCCGCCCCACCACUGAUUAAGUCUCAGCCUAAGCCCACGACAGAACGCCCCCCUCAGCGAUCCAAGAAGCCCAAAGACAACAAGCCCAAAGUGAAGAAGCUGAAGUAUCACCAGUACAUCCCCCCUGACCAGAAGGCGGAGCGCGAGCCCCCCCCUCAGCUGGACUCCAGCUACGCCAAGAUCCUCCACCAGCAGCAGCUCUUCCUUCAACUGCAGAUCAUCAACCAACAGCAGCAGCACUACAACUACCACACCAUCCUCCCUGCUCCGCCCAAACCCCCAACAGAUCAGCCCCUUCCUUCCUCCAGUGGGGCUUCCCCUUCUCCAACCACGCCGGGGCCAUCCACAUCCUUGUCCGGUCAAAGUGCGCCAAGUCGGCAGAAUGUCACACCGUUGGGACUGGCCAAACCAGGCUAUUUGCCUCCUAACCUGGACGACCUGAAGGUGGCUGAACUGAAGCAUGAGCUCAAACUGCGGAGCUUGCCUGUAUCAGGCACCAAGAAUGACCUCAUCGAGCGGCUGAGAAACUACCAGGAGCAGCAGAAUGCCAGUGGAGGAGGCGGCAGCACUGCAACCACUGCAUCAUCAGGGGGGGGCAUGGGGUCAGGGGCCACAGCUUCCAAAGCCCAGCACCCCACACAACAGCAGCAACUCUCCAGACACCAGGCCCAGACAAAGUCCUCUGUGGUCCACCAAUCAGGGGAUGCAGGUGUGGUGACCAUGGCAACAUUCCCAUUCGUGGCCACAGCUCCUCAGCAGAUCAUGCACUUUGGCAGCACCAGUUCCUCCCCGCCUGUGUCUCCUGCCCCCUCGGACCGAUCGUUAGCUGGGAUGAGUCCGGACGAGACGAGCUGCAAUGGAGACGCAUUCGGGGAGAUGGUAAGCUCCCCCCUCACCCAGCUCAGCCUCCACACCAGUCACCAGCAGCUUGCCACUAUCAAAGAGGAGUCAAGUUGCUCAGCCGCCACAGCCUGUCAGUUCACUAAGGCUGCCCUGCAGAAACGACUCCUGGCGCCCACUGCCAUGCAAGUAGCGCCUCCUUCUGUGGACAAGGACCAGAUGCUUCAGGAGAAGGACAAGCAGAUCGAGGAGCUGACGCGCAUGCUGAGGCAGAAGCAGCAACUGGUGGAGACAUUGCGCUCCCAGCUGGAGCAAGGCAAAAGAGGGGGCCAGGAUGCCCCCCCAGAACCCCUGCUCAAGAUAAAGGAGGAGCCCCCGGAUGACAUUCCCAGCAGUCCUGUUGCUUGCUCCCUGACUCCUCCCAGGUGUCACGCGGAGCUCUCCAAGGUGACCAUCAAGCAGGAGGUCCGGGACAUGGAAGAUGCGUCGGAGGCUCCAGCAGGGUUUGAGCCAACCCCGGAAGGUCCUCAGUCGGAGCAGAUCCAGAUCCAGGCACAGCAGCGGUCGCAGCUGGAGCAUCUGAAGCUGCAGCAGACACAGCAGAUCAAUGCGCUGCAGCUGGCCCAACAACAGGCUCUACAGCAGCUGCUCCUACAGCAGAACCAGCAGAACCUGCAGAACCUGCAAAAGCAACGCUCACAGCAGAGGAAGAAGAAGUCCCACAAACAGCAGCUCAAGCAGCAGCAGCAACAACUUCUGUCCCACCAGCAGCAGCAGAUACAGUCGAGGCAGCCACAUCUUUUACAGACAAAACAGCCACAGCAGAUAUUGCAGUCACAACACCGACAGCACCAGCUGGAAUCGCAACAGGUGUCUCAGGUAUUCCUCAAUCAGCAGUUGAGCUCCACCGCUUUCCCCUUGGACCUCUUUAAAACGCACUCCACAUCUACCCUGGUGACAGACCGUAAUGGCAACCACUUCCUCAUUGCACUGACCAAUCACAACGGUGAGAGCCAAGGAGGUGAUCAUCCUCCAGGUAUCCAGCAGGGUAAAGCCCACCACAUCACACUGCAGAGACUGCAGUCGCCUUCAUCUAAGCUGCCCAGCCAAUCCCCUGUUAAGUUGCCCUGCAGUGGGACCAGAUCAAAACCGACUGCGCAACCAGACCCUGUGAAACAGCAAACCAGAAAGGGGCAGAAGGCAGAGGUAAAAGUGUCAACCAAUCACAUCCCAGAGGCCACUCUCUCCUUUUCUGCCCCACCCAAUAUGCAGCCUUUCUUCCUUAAUGAUGACUCCUCCCCUUCUGGAGAAGACGCUUCGCCCUCUCCUCCAGCUAAAACGGAGGACCUAAGUCCCAGUCUGGACCAUGAACCUCUGUUCAGCCCUCCUUCUCCCAAACAGACGCCCUCCCCAAACCCAACGGACGACAAGGAUAAUGGAUCCACUCAGCAUAUGGAUGACCUUUUCGACAUCCUGAUUCAGACUGGAGAAAUCUCCGCCACCUUCAAACCGGCGCCCGACCCUUCCUUGGCUCGGCUCCGCCCCAACACCCCUUCCCCAUCCCCAUCUCAGGCCCCCUCCCCGCUCCGGCUUCAUCUCCAGCUCUCGCCUCCCACUCCUCCUGACGCCCCCCAGCUGGGUCCUGUGGGGGAAGCGGAGGAGCUGCAGUCAUCGGCCACUGUCCACCAAGGCAUCAGCAAUACGGGAAGUGGACGCCUGGAGGACUUCCUGGAGAGCACCACUGGCAAACCCCUCCUGGGUGUGGAGCCUGGUGGGCCCCUGACACUGAUUGACGACCUUCACAACCAAAUGCUGAGCACACCAAGCAUCCUGGACCACCCACCUUCUCCCAUGGACACAUAUGAGCUGUCGGGCUACACGGCCAACCCCCCCAGCCUCGACUUCGGAGACCACGCUCUGGACAGCAUGGACUGGCUGGACUUUACUGUGGGCGGGGGGAGCACUGAGGCUCCACCUGCCCUGGCCCCCCUGGGGCCCCACACCCCACCCAGCGUCUUCUCAGCAGAGUUUCUGGACAGUUCGGACCUCCAUCUCCACUGGGACUCCUGCUUAUAGCCGUGGACAAGCGUACGGUGUCAUCUGAAUGGAUGGUGGUGGUGAAAGGAGUUUUGUCAACGCACAGUAACGCAAACAAAACACUGUCACACUCUGAACCUUGACCCUCCUCUCAGACGCCCUGGUUAACCGGCUGAUUACGUGCCCUUACGCUCCUGAAGGCAGUCCCUUUGAUUCGCUCAGCUUAUACAUGAUGCCAGGCUUUCAAAGAAAAUUAGAUGCAGUUUUUUGUCAAUGUGCCUGGUUCAAUAAAGGUUAUAAUAAAUGAAAUAUAUUUUUAAGGAAAAGAAGAAAAAAAAGUUAAUAGUCCCUGUGGAAACUAGGAUUUGUGCUGAUGGCCGGACUCAAUGAUGCUCAUUGAUCUGAGCUUGUCUGCUUGCUUCUGCUUGCUUCAGAUGUCCUGCAGCCACAGGAUCAACCCCAGCUUAUUUUAUUAGACAUAAGACGUGAUACGGUUAGCCAAGGUGUGAAGUAGCUAACCUGUUCGCUCACCAUGCAGUCAUAUGUCCUUCAAAGCGAGGGAGCAAACUGAAGGAGUGUAGGGUUCAAAGCAGAAGGGACUUUUCGGUUGGACCUCUUGAAGACUAAAGGGCUUUCAUUUUUCUUUUUCUUAAGGUGUGAUUUACACCACAUCACUCUAAGGGUCAUGUAUUAAAUGGCUGGGCCGGCCCAGUUGCCCAUUAUCUUGGGUACCAUGCCUUAAAGAAGAGAUCUCGUGACUUUGAAAGUGUGGUGAUUGUUGGGACGCGGAACCUGGCGGGUCAAGGAAGCCUGCUGAACAUGCUGAUGUUUCAUGAUAUACCCUGAUCACCCCCAUUCUGCAGGGGCUCUUGAUACAGCGUUUUCCACCAUCAUCAACACAACAACAAAUGAUGGACUGUGUCCAGGAAGUCUCCAUCACAUCCCCUCUAACAGAGUUUUAGACACUUCUAGAAUCUAUGCCAAGGAGCAUGAAGCCUGCUCUGUGGCUUGAGGUGGCCCAACACUUUAUUAACACACUAUGUAGGUGUUUGCUUUAAUUUGGCAGGUUCCUGUAUUUUAAAACAUGUUUUAAGGUACCACGAAACGCACCAUUUCCUGUUUUAAAACAUCGUCUUAGUAGCUUUAAUUAUCUUCCUUUAGAACUUAAUGACAGGUGUGACACGAUUUUAUACAGUAUUUUUGAAGAAAACAUUGUUUUUCCCUGCAACGUAGUGUACUUAAUCUUCAUUGGGCAUACAUGAAUUCUGGCAAUGAAACUACAUUGACCAAUGAAACUACAUUGGUCUACAUUGACCAAUGAAACUACAUUGGUCUACAUUGACCAAUGAAACUACAUUGAUUAUACUGGAUCACGUUCACAUCAAGAUGAUCUAAUUAUUAUGUACUGUAUCAGUACAUUUGCCAACAGAGGAGAUGUUUUUUUUUUGUCCUACCCAUAAAUUAUUGCUGUAAUACACAGGCUCUUGCUGCAUUAUGGAUGUUACAAAAGCUGAACUUUAAUGUCCUGCAGAAUGGACAAACAAAAUAUAAAUUGAAGUAUUAUUGUGUUUCUAUGGUAACAUUUGUGGGGAAGUAUACCCUCAAAAAAGUGGACUUAAAAAUAUUGUGUUGGGGAAAUGAAGCUAAUUUGAAGCACAAUGGAUGUAACAUGGAAUGACAAUCUUUGGAGAGACUGAAAAUAUCAGCAACUGUGAGUGUCUAGGUCAACACAUGGAUUGCCUGGCAUGACACAUCACAAAAACAAAUAGAAUGUUUUGAAAAUAUUGUAAUUUUCCAUUAUUAGAAAGUAUAACUAGCGUUUAUGAAUGUUACAGCCUACACUGUGGAUGUUACAGUCUUAAAUAACAUUCAAAUGUUAGUGUUCUUCAUAAAACUACAGUGGGGAGAACAAGUAUUUGAUAAACUGACGAUUUUGC